AUGGAUUCAUCACUGCAUGAGGUCUGGCAGGCCGCAGCUGGCUCGCCCUUUGUUCCCACUGUCGGAAAGAGCAGUCAAUUCCUCGUUGCCUUCAUCCUGCUGCUUCUCGGUUUCUCGCUGGGCGGUGCAUUUGCUCUGAACAGGUCGGUUGUGAAUCUGCCCGUCCUUGCGGUCCCGGCAGCUCUGGCUCUUGCGUUUGGCGUGGUCUACAUGUUUUGUGCGGUUGGAGUCUACGUCUAA